AUGUGGAGAAAUAGUGUUGUACCAAUUUAUAAGAAAGUGGAUAGGGAUUCGGGGGAUAAUUAUAUAUCGAUAUCUUUGACUUGUGUGUGUUGCAGAUUGAUGGAGGCGGAACUCACUGCAGCUCGAACUUUAGUGAAUAAUGCGCAAGAGAACGAAACUGAGGCGAGUCUCCUGACAAAAAAUGUUAAACAACAAUUCAUGGAAUUGGCUGAAUUGAUGGGAGAAGGAGCCAUGGAUUUAGUGAAAAAGAAAGAGGAAGCAGCUAAGCAAUUGCAGAUGAAGGCAAUAGAAUUAGAUCAGGCGAACACUAAGUAUGAAGUGCUGCAACACCAGUUUCUACUGAUGGAACAUUCAUAUAAUGAAAAUCUCAAUAAAAUCAAAGAGCUCGAACAUACAUUAGGAAUGGAAGAAACGGAGAAACAACGAGAAUUGAGAAAAAAAGAAAAACUUGAAAGAGAUUUGAAGCAAGCCAAAGAUGAAAAUGAUACUCAAACAAGUGAAAUAUUGAUUAUGCGAUCAACCAUUGAAUCAUUGAAAAGUGAUUUGUCUAAGCAACAACAACAAGCCAAAGAAAAUAAAUCACAAAAGACUUUUCCAAUGACAGGAGUACUUAAAUGUAAGAAACAUCAUGCCAGAAAGCAUCCAGACUUUUUUUAA